UUUGUUUUGUUUUGUUUGUUUCCUUCAACCAAGAAAACCCCUCGCUAUUUGGGAUCAGAUCGUCGCCGGAUCAUCUUUUAAUCGUCCUCUCUCUUUGAUCUGACGCCACUUUUGGCCUCUCUGUUUUUGCCCUUUUCUUCUGUCUUUUGAAUGCUUAAGAGGAAGAAGAAGAAGGGGAACGGGUUUGUUCUUGACGGGUUUCUCUUCUUUUUGGUGUUCUUUGUUUACUGGGUUUGUUGUUCUUGUUCUUCUUCUUCUUCUCCUUCCUGGGUUUUGACUGAAAUCACCUCUGCUUCUCACUCACAUCAUCGUGUCUGUUUCUGAAAUCAUUUGGGUUUCUUUUGGAAUUUCGUUUUCUGGGUUGUAUUUGACUUUUUAUCUAUGAACUUGAAGCAACUGAAGAUGCUGAAUCUGAGCCUUUUGAGUUUGAUUCUCACAUUCCGACUCUAAGCUUCGUUUUUAUUUUCGACUGUUCUUGGUAAGGCAAAUCUGUUUGUUCUUUCAAUCAAGGAAUCUGUAUUAUUGGCGAUAAACAGAACUGGGAUUUCCUGUCCCAUUUCAACAGAGUAAGGCAUUGCAUUUGGGGGAAAACGCAAUCAUUCGAAUGAAAGAAGCGGAUAAGAACUUGGAUCCUCAACUAUGGCAUGCCUGUGCGGGAGGCAUGGUCCAGAUGCCUGCUAUUAACUCCAAGGUCUUUUACUUCCCUCAGGGUCAUGCCGAGCACGCUCAGGCCGCCGUCGAUUUCACUUCUUCACUUAGAAUCCCGCCGCUUAUUCCAUGUAGAGUGCUCGCCGUCAAGUUCUUGGCUGAUCAUGAAACGGAUGAAGUUUAUGCGAAUGUACGACUGGUUCCACUGGCGAAUAACGAAAUUAAUUGCGAGGAAGAGGGUGGUUUUGGGAGUAAUGGGUCUGAGAAUAACAUGGAGAAACCGGCUUCCUUUGCCAAAACGUUGACCCAAUCCGAUGCUAACAACGGCGGUGGGUUCUCGGUUCCGAGGUACUGUGCGGAGACGAUAUUUCCGAGGCUGGAUUACACGGCGGAUCCGCCGGUUCAGACGGUGAUUGCUAAGGAUGUCCACGGCGAGGUUUGGAAGUUUCGGCAUAUUUACAGGGGGACGCCUCGUCGGCAUUUAUUAACUACUGGGUGGAGUAGUUUUGUCAAUCAGAAGAAGCUUGUCGCCGGCGAUUCGAUUGUUUUUCUGAGAUCCAAAAAUGGCGACCUCUGUGUUGGAAUCCGGCGAGCCAAACGGGCAAUUGGGUGUGCUGCUGAUCACCCAUAUGGCUGGAAUCCCGGCGGUGGAAAUAGCAUCCCACCCUACGGUGGGUUGACGAUGUUUCUGAGAGAUGAGGACAACAAGUUGAGUAGAAAAGGGUCUUUGAGUUCUAAUGGUGGUGGGAGUUUGAGGGGAAAAGGCAAAGUUAGGCCAGAAUCAGUGAUUGAAGCGGCGGCGCUGGCAGCGAGUGGGCAGGCGUUUGAGGUGGUUUAUUACCCACGCGCCAGCACGCCGGAGUUCUGUGUUAAGGCCUCAUCGGUUCGAGCCGCCAUGAGAAUCCAGUGGUGCUCUGGUAUGAGGUUCAAGAUGCCAUUUGAAACUGAGGAUUCUUCUCGGAUUAGUUGGUUUAUGGGCACCAUUUCCUCUGUUCAAGUUGCUGAUCCUAUCCGCUGGCCGAAUUCUCCAUGGCGGCUUCUUCAGGUGACGUGGGACGAGCCAGAUUUGCUACAGAACGUGAAGCGUGUUAGCCCAUGGUUGGUCGAACUGGUAUCGAACAUGCCCGUCAUUCAACUAUCACCAUUCUCUCCACCAAGAAAGAAGUUUCGACUACCUCAACACCCCGACUUUCCCCUCGACAGCCAAUUCCAAUUGUCGUCGUUUCCAAGCAAUACCCUUAGGCCAAGCAGUCCCAUGUGUUGUUUAUCUGAUAACACUUCUGUAGGCAUACAGGGAGCCAGGCAUACUCAAUUUGGAAUAUCUUCCUCAGAUUUCCAUCUCAACAACAAACUUCAACUUGGGCUGCUUCCAUCCAGUUUUCAGCAGCUUGAUUUUCACUCCAGAAUUUCCCAUAGAUCGGUUACAGACCACAGAGGCAGCGGCAGUCAGAACUCGUCGGCACUGCUCAAUGCGGAGAACACUGGUCCGAAGUUGGAACGAUCCGAUUCUGUGAAGAAGUAUCAGUUUUUACUCUUUGGUCAACCUAUACUCACUGAACAGCAAAUCACACGCAGCUCUUCCGGUGACGUUCACUCACCUCGGACCGAGAAAAGUUCCUUAGACGUGAAUUUGGAGAGAGUGAAAUUCCUAUCUGAUGGCUCAGGAUACACUUUCAAGCAGCAGCAGAUAUCUCCAAACAAGUCACCGGGAGCUGGAUUUCCAUGGUACCAGGGUUAUCAAGCCACUGAACUCGGCCUAGACAUCGGUCACUGCAAGGUAUUCAUGGAGUCAGAAGAUGUAGGCCGAACGCUUAACCUUUCGGUCAUUGGCUCGUAUGAAGAACUAUACCGGAGGCUGGCAAACAUGUUCGGAAUGGAGAAACCAGACAUUCUUAGCCAUGUCCUUUACCAAGAUGCAACAGGUGCUGUCAAACAAGCUGGAGACAAACCAUUCAGUGAUUUUAUCAAAACAGCUAGAAGACUGACGAUUCUAACUGACUCGGGGUCGGACAAGAUGGUCGGAAGGAGAUUGAUGGAUGGACUGCGAAGUGGUGAAAAUGGAUUAGAUUCCUCAAACAAGACGGGCCCCUUGAGCAUAUUUGCAUAGCCUCUCCUCUUUUCUGAUUGUGUUUGUGAUAUAAGAACGAAUGAUGAACCCAACAACACUAUCUGCAGAAUUCUGCUACCUUUAUUUUCAAUCAUUUCAUCACCCAUCUUCUUCUCUUAUUUACUAUGUAUCAUCAAAUGCAACUGUUCAUAAUGUCUAACUCGAUCUUAAUGCCUCCUAAUGUUAUGCAUGUUUUGACCCCGA